AUGAUCCCACUCACAGAUUACCCACUCCUGUCGCUCUUCUUUAGUUGCGUCUUAUCAAACUGGCAGAUGAACAACAGCAGCAAACCGACUUGCCUGCUUCCACAUUGGCAUAAGCGACCCUCUUAUGGAGAUGAUAGAUUCUUUAUUUCUGUGUUUUUUCUCGUUAUCUAUCUCAUUCAUUUUAUCUCUCUUUAUCGUUAUCCCAAUCUCUUUAUAUCUAUCUAUCUAUCUAUCUAUCUAUUUAUCUAUCUAUCUGUUGUUGCAGUUUAUUUUUCCUGUCUCUUUAUCUAUCUCAUUCUCUUUAUAUCUCUCUUACACGCUUUUCAAUCUCUUUAUAUCUAUCUAUCUAUCUAUCUAUCUAUCUAUCUAUCUAUCUAUCUAUGUGUCAAUCAUCUUCCUCUUCCUCCAUCUAUAUCAGUGUUAAUUAUAUAUGUAUAUGUCCUAUUUUUUCAUUAUCUAUCUAUCUAUAUAUCUAUCUAUGUAUCUCCGCAUGUCUAUUCUAUUAAUAUCUAUCUAUCUAUGGAAUUAUUUUACUCUGAUCAUAUAUCUACUUUUAUCGGUAUUUUCUUUUUUCUUUCUUUCUAUCUAUCUAUCUAUCUAUCUAUCUAUCUAUCUAUCUAUCUGAGUCAUUUAAUAAUCUAUCCGUCUCUUCGUUUCAUAUCUAUCUAUCUAUCUAUCUAUCUAUCUAUCUAUCUAUCUAUCUAUCUAUCUUUGUCACUCUCAGCGUUCGUCCUCUAUACCCUUCCUCUUCCUACUCCUUCUCCUCCUUCUCUCUUCCUCCCACUCUUCCUCCGUAUAACAUUUUGGGUUUAUUUGCUUCUGGAUUUUGUCCUCCUCCUCCUUUCUUUUUCUUCUUCUUCUUCCUUGGCUCUCUUCUUCUUCUUCUUCUUCUUCUUCUUCUUCUUCUUCUUCUUCUUCUCCUCCUCCUCUUCCUCCUACUCCUCCUCCUUCUUCUUCUUCUUCUUCUUGAUUCCCAUUGCCUCUAUCUCUAGCAACCUUUUGCUCACCUAUUAUUUUCUUCUUCUUUUUGUCCUCCUCCUCCUCCUUCUUCUUCUUCUUCUUCCGUCCACACCCAAUUCGCAGACAUUCCUUUUGUCCCUCCGUUUUUCCAACUCCUUCUCCAUCUCCCAAACUACUACUACCACCACCACCACCUCCACCAUUUUUGAUCUUCUCAUAUCAUUCAUUCUUUUCCACACUAAAUUAAUUGAUUUUGUCAAUCUCACUUAUGGAAAUCCUCUCGAUUUUUUAUUCUACAUUUUUUAUUUUCUUCGCUCAUUUCUCUCUCGCUUUUUUUCUUUUUCUUCUAGCUCUUUUUUUUUACUCACUUUGUCUUUUCAUUUUCAUUAUUUAAAAGUUUUCUCUCUGAUUUUUUAUUAUUAUUUCAAUUGUCUUCAAAUACCUAUCUCUCUUCCAUCUCUUGGCGCUUUUCCUUUUUCUCCUCUCACUAAUUCCCCAUUCUUUUCACUUACUCGUCUACUUCUCCUUUAUAUCACUUAUUCGUCAGUGUCUAUCGUUUACUUAUUCGUCAGUGUCUAUCUCUUAUUCAUGUUUAACGUUUACUUAUUUAUCAGUCUCUGUCACUUAUUCCUUAAUGUCUUAUUUGUCAGUUUAUAUCACUUAUUCGUCAGUGUAUCUCUCUUACUUAUUCGUCAAUGUCUAUCGCUUAAUUAUUUAUGUCUCCCUUUUACUUAUUUAUCUGUCUCUGUCACAUAUUCGUCAGUGUCUAACAUUUACUUAUUUGUCCGUCUCUAUCAUUUACUUAUUUGUCAGUGUCUAUCGUUAACUUAUUUGUCAGUGUCUAUUUCUUACUUAUUCGUUAAUAUCUCUUUCUAA